AUGAACCCUCGCCACGAGCAUUCUACUAUCUUUCUCAACCGCCCCGUCCAUUACGCAACCAAAAUCAGCCACUAUGAGACCGCUCUCGCAGCGCUUCAAAACACCCAAGCGCUAGCAACUGGUUUGAUCGCUUUUGUUUCCUUUUAUUUACUUCUCGACUACUUCGGAUUCGCCCCCGUAUCGGUCCUCCGACUUGCCUGGAAGUGCCUGGUUUACCUCACUCCGUCCAGGCUCGUUGUCGCAUUGGACCCUCGCACGCCCGACCCCGAAUCAACUACUCCCACGGACUCUUCCCUGUUGUCGCUCGAGCAGAAGAACGCCGCAAUGCAACGGAUCUUCGGCAUAGAUACCUCCCAUCUCGCUUUCUCUCUUCGCCGCCAUUCCCUGACCGGCCUCGGCAACGCUUUGCUCGGAAACACAAAGGAGGCCAAGCCUCCGGGACUUGGGAACUGGGACAACUCCUGCUAUCAGAAUAGUAUUAUCCAGGGUCUGGCAUCACUGGAAUCCCUUGCGACAUUUCUCGAAAACAAUAUCAAAUCCCUCUCAGACAAGGUUCAUCUUUCGAAGCAUGAGGCGUUGAGCGAUAUCAUCGCAUGUUUAAAUAACCCUUCGAACAACGGAACGAAGCUGUGGAUCCCAGGAGACCUCAAGUCUAUGAGCAGUUGGCAACAGCAGGAUGCACAAGAGUACUUUUCCAAGCUAGUGGACCAAAUAGACCUGGAGGUUCAGCUUGGAUCACAAGGAGCGACAUCGAACAUGGGGUUGAAAAUCGCGGGUCGGGAGGAAAAUAUAGUGCGCGACAACAGUCCCGAAAUGUCUACUUCUGAGGAAUCCGACUCAGCCUGGACAAGCAGUAAGGCAUCAUGUCGGAAUCCUCUCGAAGGCCUACUUGCUCAACGGGUUGGGUGCAUGGAAUGUGGAUGGACGGAGGGCCUUUCUUUGAUUCCGUUCAAUUGCCUCACAGUUCCUCUUGGGCCAAAGUUUGAAUACGAUCUUGUGGAUUGUCUUGGCCAAUAUAUGACGCUUGAGCCCAUCGAUGGUGUGGAAUGCGCAAAGUGCACAUUACUGCAGUAUCAUCAGAGGCUUUCCGAAAUGUUUGCUGGAUUUGAAGAGGGCGAAAUGCAAUCGCCUAACGCCAAGAAGUCUCAAUUUGCCGAUGCAUUGAAAGCCGAUACCCUAUCGCGUCUUCAGGCUGUCAAAGCAGCGCUAGAGGGCAAUAAUAUUAGCGAUACCACAUUGAAGGAUUGCCGCAUCCCCGCAAAGAACCGAGUCUCGACGACCAAGUCCCGGCAGGCGGUUAUCGCCCGGUCCCCUCAAUGUCUAACUGUUCACAUCAACCGCAGUCUCUUCGACGAAAACACUGGCAUGUUGACAAAGAACCACGCUGCAGUCAGAUUUCCUCAAAUAAUCGACUUGAAUGACUGGUGUCUCGGUACUCAAUCGCCUGAUAAGGCUGACGAGGCCCCUGAGCGAUGGGAAACCAACCCUUCCAAGUCGAUGCUUCCACAACCCGGCGAGGCUGUUCAAGUUCCCAGUCGACGAUACAUACUCCGGGCUAUUGUCACACACUACGGCCGUCACGAGAAUGGUCACUAUAUCUGUUACCGCAAAUACUCGACGUUGGAUUUUCCAGAUCCCGUCCCGGACCACAUUCUUCAAUCUGACGGUGACCAAGAAAAGCCCGAGCGUUGGUACCAACUAAGCGACGGCGAUGUGACGAUGGUCAGCGAAGGCCAUGUUAUGUCCCAAGGUGGUGCCUUCAUGCUCUUCUACGAGGCCAUGGAUGAUUCUCUCCCAGUCCAACCUUCUCAGACUUACACCACAAAGAAUGUCCCGUGCGAGACCGCUGAAUCCGUUCAAUUUGAGAAUGCUGAAUCAAUUUCGAACUACACCAUGUCCGAAGACUUCUCUGCCCCAUCCACCGUCACCGAUUUCGGAUCUUGCACUUCUCGCGCGACAAGUGUCUCACUUCCAACGGAGGAUCUGAUGUCUGUUGACAUCCCUCUAAAGCCUUCAGGCGAUCAAACGCCCACAGAAGAACUUGACUCGCCUUCGAUGAUCACUGCAUGA